AUGGAUGCAGAGCAGACCACUAGUAGCAAAAAGAAUGAAAAAUACAAUACAAAUAACCAACGUUUGAUAGCCGAAAGUGGUGGCCGUUGUAUGAGUACACAGGCAAUGCAAUCGCUCUACGACUUUCGACAGAAUAAUCUGCUUUGCGAUGCAAUAUUGAGAUUAGAAGAUGGUGGUGUCUUCCCCAUUCACCGAGCUAUACUUUCGGCAUGCAGUACCUACUUCAGGACAUUAUUUACAACUACAUUGCAUUCUCGUGAAAAAACCGAUGUCCUUCUGCCAGGUGUGACAAGUCCAAUGAUGAAUCUCCUGCUGGAAUAUGCAUAUUUACGAUCCAUUGAUGUGAAUCGUGAAAACGUAUGUGAAUUGCUGACCACGGCGGAUUAUUUAAGCAUCAUAGGUGUGUUCGAUCUAUGCUGCGACUACUUGAGAGAUAAUUUAGCGCCAGAAAAUUGCAUCGACGUAAUGAGAUUCGCCCGUCAACAUUUCUGCAAGAAACUAGAAAAUGACGCUUACCGUUAUAUCGUAGGACACUUUGUCGAGGUGGCACAGAGAAGCGAAGAAAUUUUACAUUUACCUAUCGAGGAACUGAAACCGUUAGUCGGCGCCGAUGAAUUAAAUGUUAAAAGCGAGCAGACAGUUUGGGAGCUAGUUUUGAGAUGGAUAAAUCAUGAUCCAGAAUCCAGGAAAGAUUACAUUGUCGAUCUAAUGAAGAAUAUUAGACUCGGUCUAUUGGACACGCAAUUCUUUUUGGAGAAUGUCAAGGAUCAUCCUUAUGUUGUGGGCAACGAUGCAUGCAGGCCCAUUAUUAUUGAAACACUAAAAUUUUUGUACGAUUUAGAAAUGAUAACUCAAAAAGAUGGGGAAGUACCAACGCCGGAAAUUGCGCGACCCAGAGUCCCGCAUGAGAUUCUAUUCGCCAUUGGUGGAUGGAGCGGUGGCUCUCCGACAAAUUACAUUGAGACAUAUGAUACAAGAGCAGAUCGAUGGAUUCCGAUCGAGGAAACAGAUUCGAUUGGUCCGCGAGCUUAUCACGGACUUGCGGUGGUUGGUUUUGAUAUUUACGUCAUCGGAGGAUUUGAUGGCGUCGAUUAUUUCAAUAGCUGCCGUUGCUUCAACGCGGUGACCAAGGUGUGGCGAGAGGUUGCUCCCAUGAACGCUAGAAGGUGUUAUGUUAGUGUGGCGGUCUUAAACGAUCUGGUUUACGCAAUGGGAGGAUAUGAUGGAUAUCAUCGGCAAAAAACUGCAGAACGUUAUAAUUAUAAGACAAAUCAAUGGUCUCUUAUUGCAUCAAUGAACGUACAGAGAUCUGACGCGAGUGCGACGACGUUAAACGAUAAAAUAUAUAUAACUGGUGGUUUCGAUGGACAUGAUUGUAUGAAUACGGCCGAAGUAUAUGACCCAAACACCAAUCAGUGGACAAUGAUAACUGCAAUGAGGUCACGUAGAAGCGGUGUGUCGUGCAUAUCUUAUCACGGCUGUGUAUACGUUAUUGGAGGGUUCAAUGGAAUAUCGAGAAUGUGCAGUGGGGAAAAAUAUAAGCCUUCUACGAACAGCUGGAGUCAUAUUCCCGAUAUGUAUAAUCCGCGUAGUAACUUUGCCAUUGAAGUAAUCGACGACAUGAUUUUUGCAAUCGGGGGUUUUAAUGGAGUUACUACAACAUACCAAGUGGAAUGUUACGACGAGAAAACAAAUGAAUGGUACGAAGCGACAGAUAUGAAUAUAUGCAGAUCAGCACUGUCGGCUUGCGUCAUUAUGGGUCUUCCAAACGUGUAUGAUUAUAUUCACAAGCAUCGUGAACGUCUAAUGGAAGAGAAGCGUCAAAAGUUACUGGCUCACGAAGUACGUCGGAAUCAACAUCAGCAACAGCAACAGGAGCAGCAGCAGCAAACGAGGCAAACUUCGCAACUCGGCCAAAUUAUACCUACACCACCACCUUUACCACGCUAAUAAAUGAAAAUGAUAAUAAUCGGCGCUAAAAUCAAAUAUUACUACGUAAUAUUAUUACGUAAAUCAAUCGUGUAACAUCUGUUUGAUUUAGUCGACUUGUAAUGCAAAUUUUGGAUUAUUGCCAAACGCAGAGAUAACAAUCAGAAGUAUAAGUGUCUACUGGUACAUUGUUGAUAGUACAAAAACACAACAAUUGUUUAUAUAUUUGCUAAUAAUUUUGCCUAUACUCACAAAGAGAAUAUUUUAUUAUAUUUAUAUAAUUUUCAGACUGUCAUUUACCCAUCUUUGUUAACUUAAAUCUUUUUUGAUACUGCAGAUAUUUCUAUUGAAUCUUUUUUGUGAUUUUACACAUGCUGUAUAUGUAAUGCCAUCACGAAUGAUUAAAUUAAGAUAAGCGAAGAAAUAAUUCAAUUGUUUCUCGUUUUAAAGAUUGAUGAUAUCAUUUAAUUAUUGCAAUAAUGCUCCAAAUAGUAGCGGUAAAUUAGAAUAAAUGGUAAAUUAGAGUAAUUGCAUCGUGCAUAUAAAAAUGCAAACAAUAAUAACUUAAGCCAAGAAAUACAAAAAAGGGAAACAAAAAAUUAUGAAAUAAUUUCGUAAUAAACAUGAAAAAUUGAUUGUUUAAAAAAAUUUAUUUCAUGUUUCUUAAAUACGACAUCGUAUAAAUGCCGCAGCAAUGCCGCAUAUAAAAAAAUUGCAAGAAUCUGUAUGAAAAAGUUGUUUACUUUUUGUUAUAAACUUUAUAUUUUUUAUACCCAUAACGCAAGUGAAAACUGAAAGUAAUGAAAUUGCAUACACUGCAAAUCCAAGUGUGCAUUUUUGUGUGUAAAAUCAUGUAAUCACAUAAAACCCUUGUUAGAUGAAAUAUAUUUUAACCAAAUAUUUUAUUUAGUUAAAAUAUGAUUAAUCAAAAUAUUCAAAUUAUUUGGUUACAUUUCAGCGAAUUUUUUGAAAUUCAGUAAGGAACAAAAAUAAAAUUACUCCUGUGUCUAUAUUUGUGUCAUUUGCUGAAGAGCAACCACGUAAAGUAUCUUUAAGGUGUAUGUGACACAUGUCUAUAUUAAUUAUUUAUAUGUAUAUAUACAUAAAAGCUAUAUGAUUUUUGUUCUAAACUCGAACUUUUUUAAAAAUAAGGGUACUAAUAAUAAGUAUAAAACUUAGAUCCAAAGGAAUUCUGAGUAACAUCAAAUUUUAUUAAAGAAAAAGAUUAGUUUACGUUUACAUUUUAUAUAAUUUUAUUUAAAAAAUAGGUAAAAAUAAUGCAAAACACAGUGAUAGAUAUUAUACGAAAUAGAAGCACGACGAAAGAAAAAUAUAUCCAUAUGAUUCUGUAGUAAUACCAUAAAAAAGAAAAACAAUUGUGAAAC